UGAAAUUCUAAACGCAUAAAUAGGGAACCAGUCACCUGAUUGACACGACAUCAUUUUCUGGGACAACCAACUUUGGGAUCUAAGCGUCAACAGCUGCUCAAAAAUGCCUGGGCCGUCUCAAUCAGCGACAUCAGUGGGAGGAAGUCGCUCCCCUUCCUCCAAGCAAGUCAGCGCCAGGGGAGCGUCAGGCAGUGGACAAGUCAGACAAAGGAAAGGCGCAAGCACAUCCGGCAGGACAAGUCGAUCAGUAGCUGGGGGAGGCACUGGUGCAAGCGGAGGUGGCAUGUGGAGAUUCUACACUGAAGACUCACCUGGCCUUAAAGUGGGUCCAGUUCCUGUUCUAGUCAUGAGCCUCAUCUUCAUCGCAUCAGUGUUCAUGCUGCACAUAUGGGGCAAAUACACACGAGCUUAAACACGCAUUCCGGGACCACUCAACUCAACCGACCAAUCAAAAGUCGUCGAGGAAUUCCAAAGUUUCCAUAUCACGAACUAAGCCACGAAGAUCCUUUGCAUUUGUGUGGACAUGUCGCCAGUUUUACACCACGAAUCAGGACUUGCUUACGUUGUUAUAUGGAAUGUUUUGAAAACACGACUUUUCUGAUUUUCCUACUAUUUUAUUUUGUUUGGACUCAUUUUGUUUUAAAAGUUCCCUUCAAUUUUUUUUUUUUGUCAUCUGUGAUGAGUUUCAUGGUAACAUUGACCUCUUUGAUUUUUUUUUUCUUUUUCAAUUUUGUUUGGAUAAAUGAAAUAUGUUUUAAUUACUUGGUCAUUUUGUGUUUUCCCUUGUCAAUGUACUAGCUACACAACAGGGCAGUUUAAACUGUGCUUGUCAAAUUUGGUGACACUUUUCGUGGGGAAUAGGGUAAAAGAUCAAGAAAUUAUGGGAAAUUAUUGUAAAAUAAAAAUGUGUGCUGUGCAUGUACUUCAUCUUGUCAAACAUGUCGGUGCCGUAGUUGAUCCCAUCACAAGAGCGGUCGCAAGUCAAUUUACAAGUCCGGUCAAAACUAACGGUGGAUGAACAGUAACAAAGGAAUACCUUUGUUGGUUCAUUUGACUUGUGACCGACUUGUGAUGGACAUGCCUACUUAGCUAUUCAAAAGGAUUUCAAUGCUUUCCUUGUAAUGCAUUCUGUAUUUAUUGAACUAAAACAGAAGUUUGAUUAUUAGUGGUUACGUAAGUAUAACUGCACAAUAGACCCAACACGUUGAAGGUACCUCAAAAAACGUUCUUUGUUAUUUUGAUUUAGUAACAAUGAGUGCACAAACGGUUUACUUGUUCCUAUCUAAGCAACACAAAAACAUUGCCCUCUAACUCCGCCCUAACGCAAAAGUCUAUUUUAUCAACGGGGAAGUUUAACAAACUGACAAAUUAUUAUUUUGCAGUAAAUUUUUGUGCAUUUUCUUUUUGGAAUGUCACAAAUAUAGCAUUCUAACCAUACACCUAAAUAUUGUACAUGUACUUUGGCAUUACGACAGUGAAUUUUAAUAAAAUACGAAAUGUUAAAAACUUGAAA